GGCAUGUUUUUCAACAGUCUAGCUCACCUAUGACAUCAGAAAGUAGCCUCAUGACUUUGCUUUUUUGAUGCUGUAGCAAAAAGGCAGUUAUUUCCUUUAAAAUUAAUAUUGAUACUGUCCCUUUAAGUAGAUGUUUGUAUCAGGCCAUUGUUACAUCACUGUUGCUUUCAUACAUACCCAGUGGAAUGUGAAUACAUGAUAACAUCUUAAAGGUAGGAAGGAGUAAACAACCUCUCUCUCCAGUUUCCUUGAUCCCAGACAAAAACUCUCCGUAGGCAUCCAAAUAAAUCACAAUGUGUGAUACCAAGUUUUUAGACGCACCAGCUGUGAUUUUCGACAACGGAUCAGGGUCAUGCAAAGCGGGAUUCUCUGGAGAGGGUCUUCCUAGAGUAGUAAUGAAGUCAAUAGUUGGCCGCCCAAAGGCAAUCCCAACGAUGGUGGGAGCAGGCCAAAAGGAUUUUUACAUUGGAGAAGAAGCACAGUCCCUUAGAGGCGUCUUGUCAUUAAAGUAUCCAGUCAGACGUGGUGUAAUAACGAAUUGGGACGAUAUGGAGAAAAUAUGGAAGCAUGUGUAUAGCUGUGAGCUGCAUGUUAAAUCUUGCGAGAGACCUGUGCUACUGACAGAGGUGCCAUUGAAUCCAUUAAAGAACCGUGAGAAGAUGGCAGAAGUUAUGUUUGAGGUUUUUGGUGUCCCUGCUAUGUAUGUUGCCUUGCAAGCUACAUUAGCCCUCUAUACCUCUGGUCGUACCACUGGCAUAGUCGUGGACAGUGGAGAUGGCGUGACACAUACGGUACCCCUUUAUGAAGGUUACUGUGUACAGGAUGCUAUAUCCAGGCUUAAUGUGGCAGGAAGAGACAUCACUAAAUAUUUAAUGAGGCUCCUUUUGGAAAGUGGAUAUUCCUUUUUAAGCACUGCGGAACGGGAGAUUGUGAGCGAUAUCAAGGAGACGCAUUGCUAUGUGGCCUUAGACCCGAAGAAAGAAAUGGAAAGGGACAUCAAAGAAAUUUGCAAAACAUACACACUACCUGAUGGGAACAAUAUCGAGGUUGGCAGUCAGCUGUUCCGUGCUCCAGAGGUGCUCUUUGCACCAGCACUCAUUGGUGUUGAAGCCCCAGGAAUACAUAAACUGAUUACCAAUAGCAUUUUAAAGUGUCCUAUCGACAUACGUAGUUCUCUCUAUAACAGUGUGCUUUUGUGCGGUGGAUCCUCCAUGUUUCCUGGACUUGAACAACGGCUUUUCCACGAGAUGGAGCUUCUGGCACCAAGUACAAUGGAAAUAAAUAUCGUGGCACCGCCAGAAAGGAAGCUCUGUGUGUGGAUUGGUGGCUCCAUCCUUAGUAACCUCUCAGCCUUCAACUCAUCGUGGGUCACACUUAAGGAUUAUACUGAGUUUGGCCCAGGAAUUAUUCAUAAAAAAUGCCUUUAAGAAGGUUCAUCAUUGUUUCCUUGCCUUUGGAGACAAAAUGUUGUGACAUCAAUUGUGACAGGCUUAAUAAAAGAUAAGCAAAAAAACCCACUGUUUUGUCUCAUUCUUUAUUUACUAACCCUAACGUUAUUCUAAAGUCCUGGUUUAUCCAAAACAAAUAUUUGAUGUAAUAAAGGGUGAAUUUUUGACACACAGAAAGAUGUUACCCACGGUAACAUGAUGACAAUUCACCAAAUCUAACAUGAGUGCUUUAAUGGUGAGAAUUUGAUGCAUUAGGUGUGGUUUGAUGUCCAAUAAAUAAAGCAUAAUGGAGUACUGGCCCUCACAACAGAAUGAAAACAACAAAAUAUGCUUCAAAACCAGAAUUUACAUAUAUCAGCUCAAAAACAGAUGCUAUUUUACAGCUCAUCUGCACAAGGUACAUACAAGC